AUGAAUUUGCUGGAAAGAAAACAGGUUUACAGCAGUAAACAAUUUACAGCUUUGCAGAUGCGAUUCUUCAUUGUUCUAGCCGUCGCUGUCGCAGCAGCACUUGCUAUUCCCGGAUCAGAAUCGGAUGCACUCGAAUGCGAGAUGUGCGAAAUGGCAGUAAGAACUGUAGUUCCCAUGCUCGAUCAAGAUACUAAAGACAUUGAAAAUGCAGUAAACAACGAAUGCAAGCAGCUCCUCCAUAAAAUACCAUUCGCCACCCAGAAAUGCCAAAAGUUUGUUGACACUGACCUGAACAAGAUAAUCAAAGAGCUCGAGUCUGGAACAGCUCCAAAAGAUGUGUGCAAGAAUCUCAACAUGUGUUAA